GAAGCUCAUCUCAGGGUUUGCAGUGUGGGGAUGGGUCUGGGCCUUUGGUGGCCAGGCGGGAAGAAGCAGUGGCCCUUGAAAGACCCUUUGUUUUUGCCAGUGGCACUGUUCUGAGGGGCUGUAUUGACUCCCUGACUGACUAGGAGGUAGCAGGGGGAACAGGGUAGUUUGGGAACUUCUGCUGAACUCUAAGACCAAGAUAGGAGCGAGAUCACACAGGAGUGGAAGAGGCCUGCCUAGAUGGCGGGAGAUGGUGGGCUUCAGUUCUCAUUCUGCUUUCCCUCUGGGGACUCCAUUUCCUCCUUUGUCCAGGGAUUGGACUGAAUAACUUAACCACCUCUGAACUUCUAAACAACCAAUUGCCCUAAGAAAGAGCGACAAAACUCGCAGCCCACCCAGUGCUCUCUGGGCACCUCCGGUUGAGGGGCAGCACCCCUCCCUGCUCGUUGCCACCCCCCAAGGCUGCAGCUUUGCUGGUUGAAGCAUGUUGCCGCCAUCUACUGUCGACCCGCCCAAGCGCCCCUGGGCCCGGGCCACACCUUGAUUUUCUUCCCAAACCCUAGUUAUUAUUUUGGCAACUUCUCCCUUGAAGACUUUCUGGCUGCCAGAGCGCUCCUCUUUGUCAGCAGCAGAAGACACUGAUGCUUCCGUCCUCGCCUGGGAGACUUCGCCCUAGGGCCUGACCAGCUGCGGUCUGGGGGCGUGGGCUGGCUGCCUCUUCACAGCCCAAGCCUGGCCUCAGCCUUUGCAGAUGUGGCCCUGACCCAUUCCCUCCCUGGACAAGGGGAAAUAAGAGAGACACGGAAUUCUCCAUGGGAGCAUUUGCAAAAACAAGAUUCAUGCUAUUUGUUUGCCUUCAGCGUAGAUGUUGGUCCUCAGAUUCUGCCAGGGAAGCCGAAAGCCCAUUUCGCUGGCCCAAGCCUCUCAUUUUACAUAAUUGAUCAAAAAGAAUAACCAGCCACCGUAUAUAGCCUUUGCUCUGUGUCGGGCAUGGCCCUUUAAUCCUCACAUCAACCCUAUGAGGUUUAUAGGUCACAGUUAAGAAGCAUGGAGUCAGCAAAUCACCACGAUGUAUACUUUAAAUGUCUGACAAUUUUAUAUGCCAAUUAGACCUCAGUAAAACUGAAAUUAAAAAAAGAGAAAAAAGAAGUGGUAGAGUCAGGAUUUGAACCGCAAACCUGUGAGCCUUACCAUUAGGUACUGCCUCUCUAGGAGCCGCGGACCAGGGAGGUUUUGUGAUUUUCCCACAGUCAGCAGCUGGUCAGGCUGAAGUUUCAUGAGAAGCUGGUUUUCUAAUAGGUGCUCUUUCUUCUUCUUUUUAAAAUAACAUGCUUGCCCCCUCACUCCUGCCCCCUAGUCCCUCCUCCCUAACUAUGUGAGAGUCUGUGUUAGUCUGUCUAUACCAGUGCCAAUAAACACUACCCUUUCCAUAGUCACCCCCAUUUAUGAUACCCUGCACUUGGGAGGUGCAGUCCCCUUUCCCCAGGAUCAUGAAAAAAAUAGAUGUUUUUCUUGGAGCAUGGAGAUCCUUGUUACUUUUGCUGCUUGAUGGCUGAUGUUUCUCCAGGUCAUAAAAAUUUCCCUGCACUUAAAAACAUCAGGCCUGGUAUGAUGUGUAUAUAGUGAGGAGCAACCCGGAGUUCUUGCCUCCCACACCAAGUGUCAGAUAUCCCGGGGCAAGAGGAAAUGGUUCUUUAGGAGCUUUCUCUCCACACGUUUCCCAUGGAGAAUGAAUGCCCCCGUCUCCCACCCCUCUGUGAAAACAAUAUUUAGAAUGGCAAGUACACUUGAUAUCAAACCACAAUAACACUGGCCAGAAAAGCUCAUCCAAGGUCUCAUCCACUGGCCUGACUUGAAUCCCAGCCUUUUCCUCCUCCGGAUGCAUCCUCUAUGGCCGCUCCAGAAGAGAGUAUUUCCUUUUCUGCCUUUGUGUGAAAUGGACAUCCACUGUGCCCACGCAAAUGCUCCCCGGUGGGAAACAAACACAUCAAAAACAAAUCAACAAAAGCAAAAUUGACCUGGAUGUGUGGAGGCCGGGAAGACGUUCGUGCCACAACCCUACACAGUGUCCUGAGGGAGCAGCCGCCGCCGGAGUUUCGGAGUUUCGGGUGUCAUGCUGAGGAAGAUGGCACGAAGACAGAGACGCGGGCUGACUCAUGGAGAUCAUAUGACCAGGAACAACUUGGCUUUCACCGUCUCUUGUGCCGCGGAGGAAGCAGCCCGCCUUUGGUCAGAUGGACUCCGAACUCACCAAGUCAUCAAAAAGCCAAGAUGUUGGUAUUACUGGCUGGCAUCUUUGUGGUCCACAUCGCCACCGUCAUUAUGUUAUUUGUUUCCACCAUUGCCAAUGUCUGGGUGGUUUCAGAUGUUUCAAGAGCAUCAGUAGGUCUUUGGAAAAACUGCAGCAACGGUAACUGCGACGGACCCCUGCCAUAUGCCGAUGACGAUGCGCUCAAGGCAGUGCAGGCCUUCAUGAUCCUCUCCAUCAUCUUCUCCGUCAUCUCCCUCGUGGUCUUCGUGUUCCAGCUCUUCACCAUGGAGAAGGGAAACCGUUUCUUCCUCUCGGGGGCCACCAUGCUGGUGUGCUGGCUUUGCAUUAUGGUCGGGGCAUCCAUCUACACUCAUCAUUAUGGGAGCAGUUAUGGAAGUAUAUACAUCAAAAGCCACCACGGCUAUUGCUUCAUCCUGACCUGGAUCUGCUUCUGCUUUAGCUUCAUCAUUGGCAUUCUCUACCUGGUCCUGAGAAAGAAAUAAGUCUGAACAAGUGUAUGGGGAUCUGGGGGGUGGGGAGGAGGGAGCCAUGGAAUCUGGGAGGGAAGUGAAAGUUGCUCUGCAGGAAAAGCCAAGCCAGGGGAGGGGGGAGGGGGAGGGAGGACAUGAGGGUGGGAGAGGCUGAAACCCAAACCAUUACUCAGGAGGUUUCCUACUGUCAAGCCCCUGCCCUUGGGAGAAAGUAGUUGGCUAGAACUUCCAUGAUCCCUCGAUGUGGGCCAGAGAGCCUCUCUCCAGUUACACACACUGCGGGAGGCCCACCAGCUACCACACCACUGGCUCCGCUUCUGAGGGUGAAUUCUGGGUCUUGCACUGUGGUCCUCAGACCUACUGCACCAAGUUAAAAUAGCGGUACAAGUUCCAACAAGGGCAGAUCUAGUUUUUGUACUGAGUAUGUUAAGCCUGGAAGCCCUCCUGCCCUCCUGCCCUCCUGACCCAAAGCAAAACAUCACAUUCCAGUCUGAAGGGCCCACAGGAGGGCUUCGGCUAGCGCGCCAUUAUCCCUCUUGGAAACAGAUAUUUAGCUCUGUGCAAUUCAGUGGUAUUUGCGACAAAAUGGUUGGAAGGGACAUAGUCAUGAAGCCAAGUUGGUGGGUUAGUUAAAUCAAGAAAGAGAACUUUUCACAGUGGAAGGCCUGGGGGGCGGGUGGGGGGUGGUGGAACCCAGACCAGCCUCACACAGCUGUCCCUCCUGGAGACUUCUUGCUAUGGACUUUGCUAGGCUUCUCGCUUAGAGCCAGGGUGGCUCUUCUGGAGUUUCUGUAAUGCCACAAACGACCAAUUCUGUGGUGAAAGCACCACACUAAUUAUGGGCUCACGGGGCAGUCUUGCAACAAUGCUAUAUUAGGGUUAUGAUUUUAGGAUUCCCUCUCCCUGCAAGCAAUGAUUCUUUUAAAUAUAGAAUGAGAGAGACAGACAUAGCUCCUUGUAACGCACUCUGUUACUCUCCCUCGAAAUUAUAAACUUUUUAGGAUGUUUUAUCUAAUUAUCCAUAUUGGGGACCAGAGGCAACUCUGGCUUUCACACUGGCUGGAGUGGUCAGCUUUCAGAAAGCCUGCCUAUCCUGCUUCAUAGGUGAGGCAAGACAAUUCUGGAAGCUUAUUUUGAAACACACACAAACCAAAAACAAACAAUAGGUCCUUGGGUGAAAGGUGCUAUGUAAUUGGAAAGUGUUAAGCAUAUUAGAUUUAAGUCAUGAUAAGAAUGGAGUGCCUGUGCUCCCAGGAAAAUAAGAAAAUUUCUGUGAGAGAAGUAAAAUUAUAGGUGAUGGGCAGAUAUUUUCUUUAAGGACAACACACACACACAAAUCUCUGGUGGUGCCCGGUCAGAUGGUAAUUGAUCUGCCUGUUGCCACAGAGCUUUUCUAUAUAGGACUUAGAAGUAGUAUGUUAUUCCUGGUUAAGCAGGCACACUGCUCUAGCCUGGAGCAGCUAUUUUAAGCCAUCUCAGAUUCUGCCUAAAGGGUUUAUUUUAGGAAGACAUUUCCUUGAUCACCCUGAGAAGAUCUACCUUAGGGAGAAUCUGAGACAUCUUGCCUACUUUUCUUCUCCUAGCUCUCUCCUCAUGUCAUUUCUUAUAUAUUUUCCUUUUUGGGGAGUUGUUAUGCAAUGAUUGCUAGUAUUUAUGUAAAAGGACUCUUACUAAGUAUAUUUCUUUAUGUUCAUUCUGGUUAAGGGAAUGUUGAGGACCGACCACCGAAUUAUCUGGGUUGAAGGUAGAGAGGCUGGCAAGCAAAAACUAUGGGAUAAUAAACUUUUUACUACCAUUUAAUUAUCAUAUGAUUAUAGAAGGCUGUCUUACAUGCAGAAGCAUACUUACAUAUCAGAUAUAUUCAAAAGAGAUAAUCACAUUAUGUUAAAAAGUCAGACUAUGACUGGAGUGAACCAUGUAGUCCCAUGUCUUUUACUUUGUUUCUGUGCCAUUUAUGUCUCAUGUAACUGCAUUACAUUGGUGGGUUGUUCUAGUACUGUAUUUGGCUUCUUCUUUAAUAGAUUGAUAUUUCAUAUAUUAUAAUUGUAAAUAUUUUGAUACAAAUGUUUAUAACUCUAGGGAUAUAAAAAUAGAUUCUGAUUCCCUUCA